AUGUCGAUUACCCAUAUCGUUCUUUUCCAGUUCAAGCCGGAAGUAGCCGCUGAGGUUGUCCACGAUGCCUGUGAGCGUAUGCUAGGUCUCAAGGAUAGUUGCGUUCAUCCCACCUCCCAGAAGCCCUAUAUCAAAUCGGCGUCUGGCGGGAAGGAUAACUCUUCCGAAGGUAUCCAAAAUGGCAUUACACACGCAUUUGUCGUAGAGUUUGCGAGUGCUGCAGAUAGAGACUAUUAUGUACAAAGCGAUCCCUCUCAUCUGGCCUUCGUUAAAACUCUUGGUGGGAUCAUCGAGAAAGCACAAGUCAUUGACUUCACUAAUGGAGUUCUCUGA